GGCGAACGAGCUACGACACGAGUAAGCAUAUCUCAUUGCCAUCACGACAAGGACAGCAUUACUGACACUUGCCAGGUCAGAGCACGGAUCAAGAAUCGGAGAGCGGACUGUUGACCAGUCUUGCAUCGGAUCUCGAUCUGCACGUUUCCAAACCUCACACUAUGGAUCGUCUCACCUUACACACAGAACUAGUUCCGGAAAUGACCCCAAAGAGCCGCAAAAGACCACUGUCAACAUCAAACACGGCGCCCAGCCGUGCAGCACCGCCUACUCCGAGUUCGACACAAAGCUUUUCUUCCCAACUACCUGCAAAUGGAGCCAGCUCUCGCAGACUUUCGACUGCCUCUUCAAAUGUCUGUGUCAGUUAUGAGCAGUCGCCGGAGAUGGACGGGGGCUUUCAACAUUGGUCGGAGCUAGCCCAGCCAGCUCGACCGAUCGCAAUGCAUCUGGCGUUGCCUCGCAUCGAGCUCAAUGAGACCCCGAUGUCGUGCGCCAUCACCAGCUAUCUGGACCUCGCUCGCUCCGUGCUGUCUCAGGGAACACCGAUCGAAGAAGUCUUUGGGCCGGAACUCCCCAUGGUGGACCUCUUAUUUCGACCUCGAAAACCAAGUGACUCGCACUCUGCUUGUCAUUUUGCUGCCGAACUGUGCAAGCGCAUCAAGGGGAUGGAAGUGGCUUCCAGGCUCGGCAUAACUGUUCUGUUCGUCCAUUUACUGCGGUGGAUGAUUCUAUCAUCCCGCGAAAACUAUCAGAAGAUCCCCGAGAUCUAUCGACCGACGAUGACACAAAUCAAAAUCCCUCAUAGCGCGGAGAUCGAAUUCUGUCCUUUUCCCCAGCUACGAGACGCACUUUGCCGGAGGAAUCGUGACUUCUUGCCGGCAUUGGCCAGCAAUGUUCGAUGCAACUGGCCUCACAAGAUCGAGAGCUGUAUUGAUCAGGAUGAGACGACACGGCAUGUUGUACUCACCGAGGACUUCUCAAGGCACAUUUUCAACCCAGACAACUGGACCGUAAAACAUGGCAUGUUUGACACUUUUCCUGAGUGUCGAGGACUUUUGAAGACCACUGUACUAAGGAGUUAGGGGUGUCAGGAUCAUGAUUCCGGACCGAAUGCGACUUCCAGGUUCUUGAGUGAUGGUAUGCGGGAUGAAAUGCUGUAUGAUAUGGUAUUCGUUUAGUACCGAUGACUGGAAUGAUCUUGUGAGCGUCUAUAAUCUAGGGUAAUUUGUAUUUGUGUGAUUGUUUGAUCAGGCAUAGGACGAUGAAUUUGAGGUCGAAAUGAGUCAAAUGGAAAUUGUUAAGAAUAGAGAUAGAUGAUUGCUGUAAACCAUAAGAUAGACCGCUACAAACACUCCAUUGUAC